AUGUCCUCGUCAAGCUCCUCUAGUCCAGGGGUCUGGAUUACAGGUAGCUAUACUGGCAACAGCAAUGUAGUCCGCAUCACCAUCGCGACCUUUUUGGGCGUUGCCUUGUACAACGUGAUCGAGCUGGUUGUGCUGAUCUUCCUCACCUUUAAGCGAUAUCAAGGCCCCUAUUUCUGGAGCAUGUUGAUAGCUUCCAUGGGUAUAUUGCCAUACUCGGUCGGGUAUCUCAUAAAGUUCUUCGGUCUCACAUCCGCAACUUGGGUUCCUCUGACCCUGUUGACUGUGGGCUGGUGGACCAUGGUCACGGGGGAGUCGUUUGUGCUUUAUUCCCGACUGCACUUGGUUCUACAGAACCUGCGGGUGCUUCGCCUGGUGAAAGGAAUGAUUAUCAUGAACAUCUUCAUACUCCACGUGCCAACCACAGUCCUGACAUACACUGCCAACUUUUCUGGCUCCCCGACCUCAAUCUCGGGGUACAAUGUCAUGGAGAAGGUGCAGUUGACUGGAUUCUGUAUCCAAGAGGCCACAAUAUCUGGAAUUUAUCUGUGUGAGAUCAGUCGUAUGCUGCGAUUGAAAGCCGACGAUGUCAGCCGAAAGACUAUAUUGCAACUGCUCGCCGUCAAUUUGGCUUGUAUCCUUAUGGAUAUCGCGUUGAUGAUCAUCGAAUUUAUGAACUUCUACAUAUAUCAAACAACCAUCAAGGCCACUUUAUACAGUAUCAAACUGAAACUUGAGGUUGCUGUUCUGGGAAACCUGGUCGAAAUUGCCCAUCAGCCGCCAACGUUCAAUGUGGCGGGUGGCCGGUACCCAUCCUUCGUGGACGCAACCAGAAUAGUAUCGGAUAUAAAUCACGCAGUGGCUGUGGGAACAGGCCAGGCCUCUGAAGAACAUGCUACAAGUCUCAAGUCUGGAAGCAAUUGA